AUGACAACCUCGGUAUUUGGAGGAGACCUGUUGUCGUCUGUUGCGCAACGGAAACAGGGUCGCUCUGCUCGAAUUUCGAGCUUUGACCAGUCUGGCCUCAACGAGGAUGCGUUUGUCGUUUUGCCAGGCGAGACUGCGACUCUGGCAGAUAUUGAGGGCCCAGGCAAGAUCACUCACCUGUGGUUCGUUCAGACCUGCCGUCGCAUCUUAGGGCCAGGUCUUAUUCCAUACUCCAAAUCUGGCGUUGCGAUGCUCGAAGUUCAUAACGCACUGGGCCUAAGCUACGAGGACAGCGACCCGGACUAUUAUCGAAAGGUUCUGAUCAAGAUGUACUGGGAUGACUCCGAGACACCCAACGUCAUCGCGCCUAUCGGGGACUUUUUCUGCUUGGGCCAUUCCAUGGCAGCCAACUUCCAGUCUCUGCCCUUCACCGUGUCCGUGAAGCCGUCGGAGGAGAAGAAGUACGGAGGGUCGGCAGCAUUCAACUGCUACCUCACGAUGCCUUUCAACAAGCGAGCUCGCAUCGAGAUCGAGAACCAAGGUGAAGACGCCUACUUCCAGUAUUUCUACAUCGACUACGAGCUCUGUCCGAGACCAUUUGACCCGAAAGAGAUCCUCUAUUUCCACGCCCACUGGCGCCGGGAGAACCCUACCAACGGCUGGGCCCCCAACGCUAUGCAGACCAACAGUCUCGAGACCCAAGUCCCUAACCUCGCAGGUGACGGUUACACCAUUCUCGAGACUACCGGCGCCGGUACCUACAUCGGAUGCAACCAUUCGGUGCUGCAUCACCAGGGCACGUGGUGGGGAGAGGGCGAUGAUAUGAUCUUCAUUGAUGACGACACCUGGCCGCCGAGCAUGCACGGCACUGGCGGCGAAGACUACUUCAGCCAGGGAUGGGGCAUGCAGAAGAAUGCAUACCCAUUCUGCGGCACAAUUAUUCAUGAGGAGGACGUGCCCGGGCAUCAGGUGUCGUAUCGGUGGCAUCUGGCGGACCCCGUGCGCUUCGACAAGAAGAUCAAGGUCAAGCUCGAGCAUGGGCACGCCAAUCAUCUCCGCGACGACUGGUCCACCACAGCCUACUGGUACCAGACGCUGCCGGGGCCACAACUAGAGAUCCAGCCCGUCGAGGAGCGGCUGCCGAAUCGACCGACAAUCAAUGCCCUACCUGAGCCAGCCGCGGCAAGGCCCUUGACGGACUUGCAAAAGAAGAAUAUCUCCCAACGGGAGGAAAGGUUCAAGGUUUUUGUGAACGACCGGAACAGCUGGCUCGAGCGUCGGGCCAAAGCAUCUCGAGAGAGGGCUCGCAACAAUGUCGAAAUUGCCAAGGAUAUCCGGAAGCGAUAUCUCGCGUCUGUUGAGUGA